ACGGCAGCAGCGGCGCGGGGCUCCGGCUGCCCGCAGACAUGAGCGGGCUGGGGGCCGCCGCGGGGCCGGGCUGGCAGCUGGACACAGGCGGGCUCUCUAUCCUUGCCGAGGAGCAGCACGGCGCCGCACCUGUGGAUUUCCUGCAGGAGCUCCCCAGUUACCAAUCGACACGGCGCCGCCGCGGGGGCACCCAGGAGCUCGGCGCUGCCGGCAGCUACGGGACCGCGGCCCGGGCGCUGCCGAAGGAGAGAGACAAACCGACUGUUCGCAUUGCCAGAGAGCAGCCGCUAUGCAUGGCGGGGAAGAGGAGAAUAAGGGCCACUGAGAAGGCUGAUACAGAAGAUUUAUCUAGAUGGGAGAAGUGGAGAAUAACUAGCAAUAAAUCAUGGAAAAAAACACUCAGUGAAAUCAAAGACUUGACAUCUUACCUGGUGCUUUGGCAACGUGAUAUUCGCAGCAUAGAAGGGAAAUUUGGUGCUGGCGUUCAGUCCUACUUCUCCUUCCUGCGCUUUCUGGUCCUGCUGAACUUUAUAAUUUUUAUCAUAAUGUUCAGUUUUGUUACUCUUCCCAUCAUAAUUUCUAAAUAUGGAAUAUUCAACAGUACUGUUGCUUACAUGUCUCCAAAGAACAUAGACGAUAUCUGCACAAUUUAUGAACCUAGUACUAAUGAGGGACUUGUUUACUUCUAUACUUACCUUAAUGAUUUACUCAGUGGCACUGGAUUCCUUGAAGUGACGAGUUUGUUUUAUGGCUAUUACUCAAUAGAUGCUGUAUGGAUCAGUAUCAUGAAGUACAACUUUCCACUGGCAUACCUGCUGGCUACAUUUGCCUAUCUUGCCUUAAGUUUCUGCUGGCUACUAAAGGGGUCUGUGGAAGGCUUUAAGAACCAUUUAGUGCAUGAUGCAGACCCAUUUCAGAGUUACUGUAAUAAAGUCUUUGCAGGCUGGGACUUCUGCAUUACAGAUCCCAGUGCAGCCCGGCUGAAAUACCGCAGCUUGAAAUACGAGCUCCAGACAGACUUGCAGGAAGAAAAACUGAAGCGAAAAAUAGCUGAGAGGACAACGAAAGAAAAGCAACGCAUCUACUCUCUGAGAAUAUUUAUAAAUAUAAUUGUCCUUGCCGUUUUAUUAGGAUGUUUUUACUCUAUUUAUAGAGUAACAGUCUUCUCUCAAGAAAACUCCAGUGGCGCUGACAAUGACAACUCCCUGGUUAAUCUCUUUGUGCAAUAUUUGCCUUCUGUGGUGAUCACAGCGGCCAACUUCAUUGCUCCUCUGAUCUUCUCAUUUCUGAUCAGACUUGAAGACUAUACACCAGCCUUUGAAAUCAAGCUGACACUCUUGAGGUGUGUCUUUUUGCGGUUGGCCAGCAUUGGCGUUCUCUUGUUGUCACUGUGGAGUCAGAUCGCCGGCUGUGGUGGUGACAAGUGUAAACCCUGUGGGUACAAUUACAAACUCUAUCCUUGCUGGGAAACUGAUGUUGGGCAAGAAAUGUACAAACUGAUGAUAUUUGAUUUUAUUGUCAUUCUCGCUAUGGCCUUGUUUGUGGACUUCCCCAGAAAGUUGUUAGUUACUCAUUGCUCUUGCAAGCUGGUGCAGAUGUUUGGAUAUAAGGAAUUUGAAAUUUCUGGCAAUGUCCUGGAAAUCAUUUAUGGGCAGACUAUUUGCUGGAUUGGAACCUUCUUUUCACCACUUCUCCCUGCAAUAGCAACUAUAAAAUACUUCAUCAUCUUCUAUAUUAAAAAGAUUGUUUUGAUACACACAUGCAAAUCUGCAGCGAGGCCUAUAAGGGCAUCAAGUUCCAACUUCUUCUUCCUGGUGGUGCUGCUGAUUGGGCUCCUCUUGGCUUUUGUCCCUCUGGCAGUCAGCAUAGCACAUAUCCCCUCUUCCAAGGCGUGUGGGGUGUUCAGGAAUGUUAACACUUCGUGGGAAGUUAUUCCAAAUCUAAUACUUGAUAAGUUUUCAAAAGGUUGGCAGCAGUUCCUUUUUGGUAUUGCAUCAGAAGCCUUUGCAGUGCCUUUUUUUGUGAUUCUUUGCAUCAUUGUGUUCUAUGUUGUUGCCUUGGCUCGAGCCCACAAGCGAGUGAUUGAACAGCUGAGAGAACAACUGGUUUUGGAGAGUCGUGACAAGGCGUUCCUAAUCAGAAAGAUAACAGAAGCUCAGAAGUAUCCUUGAAAACCACUCAAGCCAAAAGAACAUGACUUCCUGAAACUCCCCCAACAAGAUAACAGCAGAAGCAUUUGCAGCUUCUAAAACCUGAGAAGCUGACUGGCACGCUGGGACUGUGGCCUAAGUUAUAGGUGCUUGUUGUCUGAUUUCUUGAUUAAGCUAGUGGUGCUUAAGGUUUCCAAAACUUGGAAAUUCAGCUGAUUUAUACUGUGUAAGAGCUGUUCAAAAAAGGAUACUUUGAUGCUGAUACACCUUUAGGGUAAUUGGGAUUUGUUACAUCCCUAUUUUUUCAGGGAGUUUGGGAAAAAUGUGAUCAGAACUGAAACUCUUUUGUACUGCUUUUACAAAUUAUGCUGUAAGAAUCCAUUAGAGGGAAAAGGUAUGGUUUUGCAUGUUUUUAAAGACUUUCAUUUGCUUUGGUCUUAAAAAAGAAGUAUGUAUGGAAGUAUUUUGAAAUAUUGCAUAGGAAACGGAAAUAUGGAAGGGGUUUGAAAUCAGUUUUCUAAAUAUUUUUAGAUGUGAGGGUUUACUAUUUAUGCUGCUCUGAAGCAGCAAGAGCAGUUGAACACUGGAUAACUGGUCACAAAAUGGUUCAGAGAACACAAGCUGAUAAAGAGCUCUGAAUAAACACUUGGAGUAGGAAGAAGCCAGCAGCCACAGCACUGCUGGGACACCAGCCUUGCUGCUGUGGAGGGCCCUUUUUGUUUUGCUUUUUUUUAACGUUUUAAGUCGUUAUUAUUUGUGUUUUAUUAUUGUAUGAACAUCUUUACUACUGCUCUAUGUGUUCUAAAAUGUGAAUAUUUCAGUUAAAUUAUUGGUUGGCAAUACUGUGUGUCAGUACCCUUUAAUUUCACAUUACCUCUCUUACCUGAACCGCUGGGCCCAUGUGUCCCUGUAGGCUACUAAUGAAUCCUUUAUUUAAAGAUUGUGGUUAAGGAUUUUCUGUACAAAACUGCGUUUAUUGUUUGAAAUGUGCAUUACUCUGCUCUUAGUUAAUGUGAGACACUAUCCUUUUUAUAUAAUGUUUCAGGAUGUUUUCUUGCUCAUUUUAAAGAAAUGACCACUCAAUAAACGGUAUUUUUUUACCGCA